CUGUUCCCCUUGGAGUCUUCUGUAGAUUUGGCAGAUGCAGCCUGCAGGCAUGCCGCAGAACGAUGGAAGAAAGACACAAAAAGGAAAUGGCUUUCCACACUCGCUCUAACAGCUUCCCUUCAAGGCCACACCCAGUCGUUCAAGAAAUUGAUGACCAUUUGUGUAGAUUGAGGUCUUCUGAGGCCACCUCCACAUCAUCAUCAUCAUCAAUCAGCCACAAACUGAGUGGCCUCCAAAACUUGCAUGAUUGUGUUGAUAGGUUGCUUCAGUUGCCCCUCACUCAACAAGCCUUGGCACAAGAGCAAAAUGAGAAAUGGACUAAUGAGCUAUUAGAUGGCUCUCUGAGGCUCUUGGAUAUUUGUAGCGCUGCCAAGGAUGCCUUGUUGCAAACCAAGGAAUGCGUACAGGACCUUCAAUCAAUCAUGCGAAGAACAAGGGGAGGUGAAUGUGGAGUACUCACAACUGAGGUCAGGAAAUACUUGACCUCUAGGAAGAUGGUGAAAAAGGCAAUCCACAAGGCUAUAGGAAAUGUCAAGAGAUCGAGUUUCUCAUCCCUCAACAAGAACAAUGAGACCAUUGCCAUUGUUAGCACGUUGAGAGAUGUUGAAGCAGUCACUUUCGCUGUGUUUGAGUCCCAUCUUUCUUUCAUCUCCGGUCCAAAAUCACAGCCAAGCAGGUGGUCAUUGGUCUCCAAGAUGAUGCAAUCAAAAAAAGUAGCUUGUGAGGAAGAAACAGAAGAAAAUGAGUUUACAAAG